ACAAGUGCUCCGAUCGUAUCCGUUUAUGUUUCGCACGUCUUCCGGGUAUAUUCGAAAUAAUAUUACGCGUGCACGUUUGUAGAUGUAUUUGUUAUUUUCAUUUUCAAGCACAGUAUUAAGAUAAAAUAUUAAUAUUAAUAUAAUAUUAUCAUCGAGAUACCCGCGAAUUGCACUACAUUGUGUAAAUCGUUCCGAAACAUAAUUUACUAAUAUACAACAUACAUAUAAAUAUUUACACAAAUAUAUAUUAAAUAAGUAUAUCGUAUUUAUACACACGUUGAAAAAUUUGUGAAAAGAUAUAAUAUAAUAUUUAUCAACGGCACACUUAGUAGCGAUUUUUCUUUUCCGUCCAUACGCGAAUUAGGCCAUAUAUAUAGAAAAAAAAGAAGAGGGAAAACCCGUCGUUUUUCGUCGUUAUUUUUUUAUUCACACCGCCGUCGCCGUUCGGAAAACCGAUAUCAGCUAGACUGCCAUAAUCGCGUUCAAUAUCUAAAUAUAUUUGCUUAAACUUCGUCGCAGUCACUCGCACAGUCGCCGUCACCACCGCCCAUACACUGAAGACUCAUGGAAGUCACACGAUCGUCAAUGUGGCUCCUGGUCGUGUUGGCCGUCGUCUUGCAACCAGCCAGACCUCAAACUUCCAAGCCGAACAUCGUUUUCAUUAUGGCAGACGAUUUGGGAUGGAACGACUUAAGUUUUCACGGUUCUGAUGAAAUCCCGACACCUAACAUUGAUGCGCUGGCAUUCAACGGUGUUGUACUCAACAAUUUAUACACUCAACCGGUGUGCACGCCAUCUCGAGUGGCUCUGAUGACUGGAAAGUAUCCGAUUAAAUUAGGUAUGCAAGGUCCUCCGACUUACGGCGCCGAACCAAAUGGCUUACCGCUGUCCGAGAAACUGUUACCGGAAUAUCUCAGAGAAUUGGGAUACACAACUCGGGCCAUAGGCAAAUGGCAUUUAGGUUUCUACAAACUGGCCUAUACGCCCACGCGGCGAGGUUUCGACUCGCACUUUGGCUAUUACACAGGAUACGUCAGUUACUACGAUUACAUACUUCAAGACGUCUACCAGAAUUUUGGCGAAUUCCACGGGUUUGAUAUGCGACGAAACGACACUAUGGCGUGGGAUGUGGUCGGCAAGUACGCCACUGAUGUAUUCACCGACGAAGCUGUGCGAUUGAUCAAAGAACAGCCGGUCGACCGCCCUCUGUUCAUGUAUUUAGCGCACGUAGCUGUGCACACGGGUAACAAAGGUAAGAGCUUGGAGGCACCGCAGUCCGAAAUCAACAAGUUUAAUCACAUUUUGGAUCCGAAUCGGCGAACUUACGCAGCAAUGGUAUCCAAACUAGACGAAUCUGUGGGUCGAGUAGUGGAGGCGUUAUCAGAAAAGAAAAUGUUGCAGAACACUAUAAUCGUGUUCAUGUCAGACAACGGAUCACCGUCAUUCGAUAAUUCUGGUCGGGGUUAUGGAUCCAACGUCGGUGUUACACCCAACUGGGGCUCUAAUUUCCCGUACAGAGGUAUAAAGAACACGUUGUGGGAAGGUGGCGUUAAAAGCGCAUCUUUUAUCUGGGCUCCACAAUUCCAGGAAAAUCCUCGCGUUUCCAAACAGCUCAUGCACAUCACCGAUUGGUUGCCGACGUUAUACUCAGCUGCAGGGGGAAAUUCUGGAUUUUUACCAAAAUAUCUGGAUGGAUACGAUCAAUGGGCAUCUCUCACAUUAAAUUUACCAUCGCUUCGUAGUUUCGUUUUACUUAAUAUAGACGAAAAACAGCGUUAUGCCGGUAUUCUUAAAGAUAAUUGGAAAUUAAUUGUUGGUUCAACGGCGAACGGGUCACUGGACGGAUUCUUCGGAGCCACCCGGCCACGGACCCCGUACAACGUCACCGCUGUGCUGUACAGCCCGGCCGGCCGCGCGCUCGCCCGGCUGGCCAACGCGCUGCCGUUCGUCACCGGACAGCCGAACGGCGUCCGCGACCUGUUGGCCAUGCGGUACGAGUCGACGGUCCGGUGCAACCCGUCGCCGGAAGGGCCGCGGGCCCGGUCGCCGUGCCCGUCCGGCGAGGCGUGCCUGUUCGACCUGGUGGCCGACCCGUGCGAGACCAACAACGUGGCCAAGAAACACGUGACGGUCAGCGGACAGCUGUACGAGGCGCUCAAGUACUACAGGCGGCUGCUGGUGCCGCAGACCAACCGGCCGUUCGACCCGGCCGCCAACCCGGCCCGGUUCAACAACACGUGGUCCACCUGGAUGUACUGACCGGAAGCGGUCGGCGCACCCCGCACACUGCACACGAUGGCCGCUACGCACGGCAGGUUCCCCGCGGCGGGUUCCGGCAGGAGAAACGACAAGUCCACCGCGGCAGAGGUUCCCAAACGUGCGGGUAGCGACCCGAAAGCGGGCGGAGAUCGCGUUUUUAGAGGGGCGCGUUGUGUUUUCAAACGAUACGUUUUUUUUUCAGACGUACGUGCUCCAUUGAUUCAAUCGUGCUGUUGUGCGUAGGUCGCCGAGAUUUUCGAAAUGAUUUCCGAAAUAGGUCGUGCCGUAAAAUGUUUGGGAACCUCUGCGCUAUGGAAUAUGCGGCGAAAUAUAACGUCGAUAGUAGUCUCCUGCAGGCGCGCAAAACGGACGAAAAACCCACACGCGUGUCGUACGCUCUUCUCACGCCGUUUAGUCGACGAUCGUGAUUAUUCGAUCCAUCUGUAGAGUAAGAUGUCAGCUUAUAAAUUAUUAGAAAAAAAAAAAAUUAUUAUCAAACGUCGCUUUACGAAUUCAUUCGACCUAGACUGUAGCGCGCUCGGCAUAUCUUUAAACGCGAUUCGACCUACUCUUUAAAUAUUUCCGAUACGUCUGAGAACGUAUUAUCUGAAAUUUUCUUCGAAAUCGGUACGAUAGUUUUCAUAGUAAAUGAACUACGAGCGUACAUAAUAUUAUUAUGUCUUGUAUGUUUAAACAUUUUAUCGAU